AAGAACAUAGAGUGUCCCAGGGGACAAGGCAAGGGGUCCUAGAGGGGACAUGGCCCAGAGGGUGGAACCGACCCAUGCAACAGUUCAACUGUGGACUUUCCAAACCACGGCCACUUACCAGCCCGCUGCUCCCACUGUCUAAUGGAAACUCUGUCGCAGAGGUCAGGAAGCUAUUUAAGGAAUGUACUCUCAAGUGGUAUCUGGAUUGGCGUUGGCAAAGUGCAGAAGAGAGACACAGAAGAAAACAACUGUCUGACACUGAAUUUGCGAUUGGUAAUGUUGGGUGCUGAGACUGUAAGUUAAUCUUCACCCAUGUGAUCCAAAUGGCCUUUGCCCUAUUAGGAGUAAAUUUAAGUAUCGGUUCAUAUGGCAGUAGAUGGGAGUCCGGUUUAACAAGCAAAUUAAGUGUCAGUUUCAAGUUUAAUGGUUCCAGAUCCUCCCAUUGUCACAAAAAGUGCUAACUGGCAACUUCUCAAAUGGCUCUAAUGCCACAUAAAAGUGGGUUGCAGUGGGUGAUUCCUUCAGGAUUCAUAUUCUAAACACUGAAGUAUCUUAACUUGAAGUGAUGUGGACUGCUGAGCACUCCGGGGACGCCGACCUUCACUCCCAACUCAGGGUGUCCAGGACUGAGAUCGCCAUGGCGAUAGACGACCCCUUCCCCUUGCUCUAUGGGCUGGCUGACAAUGACAUCAUCACUGAGCAUAUGUUCAAGGAGACUCUGGAGAGGACGAGACAGGAGGGGAUACACAAGGCAAGCUACUCCCUGCUCACCUGGCUCCUGGACAGAGAGCCUCGUGUCAUCCAAGCCUUCUGGAAUAAUCUUUCCAAGGAGUACAACCGGGAAAGGUACCCCAAACUGCAGGCAGUCUUUGCCAGCCUCCAGCGAGACAGGGGCCUAGGUGGACAGAAGAGGGCUAAGAAGCCGUUUGGUGGCAACAGGAUGGUCCUUCAGCCGCGAGCUCAACAGGGCAGGAAAAGAAGCCCUAGGGAAGAUGAGCAGGCACAGCAGCCCCACCCCAAGAGAGCCAACAGUCCAGGGAACAAAUUGAAGGCAAUGAGGAAGACAGAAAGUGCUGAAGUAUCCCGGUUGCCAGCAGGAAGUGGUAUCCAGGCAGUGGCUACCUCAGUCCAGAGGGCGGUGACGGUUUCAUCUGGUGAGCUGCCGGUCAGCUGUGGGUCAGUGGAGGAGAUCCUCAUUAAACAGGUCUUUGAGUCUGGGAGCUCUAAAAAGUGUAUUAAAAUGGGCGGUGAAUUCUACUCCCCUGGAAAGCUGGAUGAGUUAGGAAGAAACAAGGUCAAGACUGCUAAGACCCAAGUUCGCCACAAGGCGGCGACAUCAGCAAGCACCAGAAUAACUGAGGUCCCCCGGAACGAUGACGAGUGCUCGGUGUGUAAGGACGGGGGCGAGCUCAUCUGCUGCGACGGCUGUCCCAGGGCCUUCCAUCUCUCCUGUCUGGUGCCCCCUCUCACCUCCAUCCCCAGCGGCACGUGGCGCUGUCAGCAGUGUCGUGGCAACCGAGCUGAGGCUGAGAAGACCUACAUACCUGUGCAGACUGCCAAGCUAACUGAGACCAGCUCCAGCUCCUCGGUCGACUUCUCCUUCUUCUCCGCCCUCUCCUCUGCCUCGCUGUCCAGUGUCACCACCACCAAGAGCAGCCAGACCUCGGCCGCUCAGAUCCCAGGUGCUGAGUGUGCAGGUGUGGGGCAGAAGUGUGGUGUGUGCCUGCAGGGAGGAGAGCUGACCGCCUGUCCUCAGUGUCUACAGGCCUUCCACCCUCACUGCUACUUCCCCAGCGGAAAGUCCAAGUGCAGGUCCUGCUGUAAGACAUGGGGCAGUAUCAACGAACGCGAACGUCCGGUGGCUGAGUCAGAGAGCAUGCAGGUUGCCCUGUACGAUGCCCCCCCUGAGCAGAGUGCCCCCGUCUCAGAACAGAUGCUGAACAAGGAAGAGCUGGACUCUCUCAUGGGGGAGAAUUCCAUCGAUGGGAUCCUGCAGUGGGCCUUGCAGAACAUCUCCCGGCCUCUGGCUGAGAACCAGGGCUUCUUUCAGUGAGGCUGCUAGCUUUGGACAUAGCUGGCGCUCAGCUAUAUAAGCGUUUUCCAUUUAUACCAGUAGUCAUGUACUCUCUGCACUUGGGUGAAAGGAUCAAGAUUUGAGACAAUCAACAAAAACAAACUAUAAGACAAGGACUGGACUGCACAAAAAAAUGUCUACAGGACA